AUGCGAGAAGUAGUUGGAUUAUACAACUAUGACUUUCCGAAUCUUUUACAGCAGCGAACAACGUUUAUUGUACGCAGGCCUACUUCUAUAGAGAGAUGGAAAAUGGAGGACAAUACUGCUGCUGCAGAUGUACGUUAUAUAUCGUCUCUAGACAUCAACUGGGACCAGAUAUCAGACAUCAUAAAGAACAUGUUAACGGACAAAGAUACAUACAAGGGAAUUGGCCUAUUAAACUUCAAUAACAGUGAAAUUAAUCGGUGGAAGGAAGUAAUACCUGAUCAUGCUGAGCACGUUGCCCUGAAACUAGAUCCGGUAUCGAGCAACACAACUUGGGAAUCGCUCUACCCUGAAUGGAUAGAUGAAGAAGAGCAAUUCAAUGUCCCUACUUGUCCUGCUCUACCCAAAAUCCAAGUUCCUGAAAAACCCGGAAUCGAUCUUGUUGCUGUGAAGCUUCCCUGCAACAAGAGAGAAAGUUGGUCAAGGAACGUGGCUCGCUUGCACUUGCAGCUUGAAGCAGCAAGAAUUGUCGCAAACACUGAGGAGAAUCGUGCAGUGCGUGUGCUUUUGUUGACUGAAUGCCUCCCCAUUCCAAAUCUAUUCACUUGCAAAGAUCUUGUCGUCCGAGAAGGGAAUGUAUGGCUAUAUGAACCAGAACUAAGUAGGUUGAAAGAUAAGCUACAGCUCCCAAUAGGAUCAUGUGAACUUGCAGUUCCUCUCAAGCCUAAUGAAAACUUCCACUCAGAGAGAUCAGCAUACCGGGAAGCCUACGCGACAAUCCUUCACUCAGCCGAGGCGUACGUCUGCGGAGCCAUUGCCGUGGCGCAGAGCAUCCGAAGAACCGGUUCCACGCGAGACCUCCUGAUUCUCGUCGACGAAUCGAUUGGCGAACAUCACCGGCGAGGAUUGGAACUCGCCGGAUGGAAGAUCCGGACAAUCCGACGGAUCAGAAACCCCAAAGCCAAACGCGGCCUCUACAACGAGUGGAACUACAGCAAAUUCCGACUCUGGCAACUCACCGACUACGACAAGAUCAUCUUCCUCGACGCCGACCUUCUCGUGCUCCGCAACAUCGAUUUCCUCUUCGGAUUUCCAGAGAUUUCAGCCUCCGGAAACCACGCGGCUCUGUUCAACUCGGGAGUUAUGGUGAUCGAACCAUCAAAUUGCACGUUCCAGAUGCUUAUCGACCAAAUCAACGAGAUCGAGUCCUACAAUGGCGGCGACCAAGGGUUUCUGAACGAGAUCUUCACCUGGUGGCAUCGAAUUCCGCGGCGGAUGAACUUCCUGAAACAUUUAUGGAGAAUCGAUGACGAAAGGGAGAGAGAGAUGAAGAAUCGCUUGUACCGAUCAGAUCCUCCGAUUCUCUACGUCCUCCAUUACUUGGGGAGAAAACCUUGGGUCUGCUUUAGGGAUUACGAUUGCAAUUGGAAUGAGAAGUACGCGACGAAAUUCGCGAGCGAUGAUGCGCACGAGACGUGGUGGAAAGUGUUCGAUGAAAUGCCUGAGAGACUGAGGAGAUUCUGUUUGCUAAGUGAGAAGCAGAAGGCGAGGUUGGAGUGGGACCGGCGACGAGCGGAGAGAGCGAAUUACAGCGACGGACACUGGAAGAUUCAGAUCAAAGACAAGCGAUUGAAGACUUGCGCUGAGGAUUUCUGUUUGUCGGAGAACGUUUUAUGACGUGCCCCCGAUUUAAUAAAUUGUCCCUAAACUUUUAAUUUUAAUAACCAA